UCCCUACCAAAUCCGAAUGAAAGUGAAAACACUAUCUAGGACAUCUAUUCUUCGUUAGUACCAAAGUUGUUAGUGAACUGACAGGAUCAACAAGGAAAAAAUUAAAAUGAAACUCGUUGUACUAACGCUCCUAUCUGUGAUCUAUCACUGCAAUGCUUACUCCGGCGGAGCUCCAGAAGAAGUAUGCAAUGACAUGACACCACAACACCCUGUAAGUCCUCAGAAAAGUCAACUGCCAUAUAAAGUCAGCGUUAGCAAAAACCAAAUCAAAGCCGGAGAAACUGUAGAAAUUGAAGUUAGCGGAGGUGAAUAUAAAGGAUUGUUGGUGGAGGUCAGAAAUGGUGAUAAAGCCGUUGGAGAAUUCAUUGUUUCUGAAAGUGAUAGAUAUUACAAAACAAUUAAUUGCCAUGGAAAUAAAAAUAGUGCCAUAACACACAAGAACGCCACUGAUAAGAAAAACAAAAAAUUGACGUGGAAAGCACCAAGUACCCAAGGAAAAUACACUAUUUACGUUACCGUAGCUAAAGAUGGAGGUACUUUCUGGGCCCGCAAACCAACACAAGUUAUUUCUGUAUUUUAAUUUAAAUUCAAUGUACCUAAAUAAUAUAAUUAUUGUAAGCAAAUUUUCAAUGUAAUUGGAUAUUUUUUUGUAUAUGUCGUUCGAUG